UACAUUUAUAUUUUCUUUGGGGUAUGAGCAAACGCUUGUCAGAUGCAAACGUUGUUUUGACAAAGACUAUUUUACAAGAAAAACUAAAAAAAUCUUAAUCAAUCAUGUCUGAAAGAAAGGUUUUAAAUAAAUACUAUCCUGCUGAUUAUGAUCCAUCAAAAAUUCCGAAAGGGAAACGGAAUAGGAAUGCCACAUUUAACAUACGUAUCAUGGCUCCCUUUAAUAUGAGGUGCAACAUGUGUAAGGAAUACAUCUAUAAGGGAAAAAAGUUUAACUCCAGGAAGGAGGAUGUGAUGGAUGAAGAUUAUCUUGGCCUUAGAAUCUUUAGAUUUUACAUCAAAUGCCCUAGAUGCGUCUCAGAAAUAGCUUUCAAGACAGACCUGGUCAACACGGACUACACUCUGGAGGCGGGGGCCAAGCGCCUGUUUGAGGCAGAGAAGAUUGCCAAGGACAUGGCAGAGAAGGAACGCAAGGCCAAGGAGGAGGAAGAACUUAACCCGAUGACAAUGUUGGAGAAUCGUACAAAGGCAAGUCAGAAAGAGAUGGACCAGAUAGACUCACUGGAGGAGCUGCGUGAAAUGAACACACGGAAAAAUCUUGUAAACACAGACGAAAUGAUCGACACAUACCGCAGAUACGAGAAGCUGCUAGCCCAGCUGCAGAUGGAACAAGAGGAACAGGAAAUUAAAGAUAUAUUUGGUGGCAAGGAUGGCCUUGUUGUUAAGCGCCUGAAUGACUCAGAUGAAGAGGAGGACCAGCCGAGGAAGAAACAUGCAACUCUCAGCAGUACGGACAAGCCCACAGACAUCCUGACAGAGCCUGCAAAGCCAGAGAGUAAACAGAAGACCCCUCAGGUGUGGCAGAAGAGUGUGGGUAGUUUGUCAUCAAAGCAGAAACUAGCUGGCCUGGUUACUGUGAAGAAGAAAGCCCCACUCCCUACAGUGUCUGCUUCACCUGCCAACCCCAGCGGAGCUGUAGCAAACAUAGCAAACAGUGAUUACUCUACUUCCAGUACAGACAGUAAUGUUCAUGUUACAACAAGGGAUAAUGUUACUUCAGAAAUAUCCAACAGUGAAAGGACAGUAGUAAAUGGUUCAUCAGCCACAGAUGCUGCAAGUACAAAUACAGUAAAGGCUAGCUCGAGUACAUCACGGACUGAUGUGAGUGCUUCAGGUUCUGGUGUAAAGACUGCAACAGGGGCCAUGGGCCUGGGUCUGCUUGGGGCUUAUGGAGGAUUGGACUCAGACAGCAGUGAGUCAGACUGAUAGUGCAGCUGGCGUCCAACAAGUGCCAUGCAAACCUUAAUUUGUUGCAAUGUGGUAAGGCAGGAUUGUGGGAACAUCUUGUUCACUCUAUAUGUAUGUUAAGAAAUUACAAGGAGUACAAUUAUGCAUUAUGAUUUCUAAAAAAUGUAUUUAUAAGAUAAUGUUAUUUUGUAACUUCAUUGGAAUAAAACCAUUUUUAACUCA